AUCUUGCUCAGAACGUAAAAGUUCCUAGAGAAAGCACGUAUGAUGCAGAAAUAUAUCGUAUCUUGCAUAAUUGGCUUGCAAAGGUACAUGGAUUUGAAAUAACCGGACAGUGGCAUUUGGAAGAAAUUGGUGAUGAUGCAGUAAUAGAAGUUUUGGCUACAGAAUCUAUUCCCAAACUUGAGAAACACUUUGAGCAAGUUCUAGAAUAUGCUGACUUGCUUUGUUCUAAGGAAGAGGCUAAACAUUAUUAUUUUUGGCACGAUAGAGAGUUUAAAAAUGUUCAUAUGAGUGCCAAAUUACAAGAUGCUACUGGUAAAGUUCAAACCAUUAUAGAUGAGGCAAUUCUUCCUUAA